AUGAGACCUGUUUUACAUUUGAUCUCGAGAAAACAUGAUAAGUUCAAAGAUUGGUUCGAUGACAGGUAUCCAUCUGCACCUGAACGCAAAGAUGAACCAAAUGAUCAAUAUUCACUACAACAUGCAAUUAAACUCGUCUUUAAUCAAUGGUUAGACAAGGAGCUCACGUUGAGUAACUGGGGAUGUGGUAUUGAUGAACGUUUGGCAACAGGUAUACCUCAAGCAUUAGUUGGGAUGGAUCGUAUUCGAUGUUUAGCUGGUGAACGAGAAAUACGUCAAUUACAAACACAAUAUGCAAUAAAUGACUGUUUAUCAUUAACAAAAUUAAUGUUUCCCGUCGUAUAUGAUUGGACACCAGAACAAGUGGAAAAUUACGAAACAUCAUUGCAAUCAUUAACAUUAGCCUCGUUAAAAUUAGAACAUUAG